CUCUCAUAGGCCUUUUAAAAACAGCGCGUCUUCUCCGCCUGGUGCGAGUCGCCCGGAAGCUGGACCGCUACUCGGAGUACGGGGCGGCCGUCCUCCUUCUCCUCAUGGCAACCUUUGCCCUGAUAGCCCACUGGCUGGCGUGCAUCUGGUACGCGAUCGGGUCGGCAGAGCGACAGCAACUCGAGCAUCAGAUCGGGUGGCUGGAUCACCUUGCCAACGAGACGCACCAGUAUUACGUGGACAAUGUCACCAGCAGUGGGCCCACCAUCAAGUCCAAGUACAUUACAGCGCUUUACUUCACGUUCAGCAGUCUCACCAGCGUAGGGUUCGGCAACGUCUCCCCGAACACCAAUGCGGAGAAAAUCUUCUCGAUCUGCGUGAUGUUGAUAGGAUCACUCAUGUAUGCCAGCAUCUUUGGUAAUGUCUCGGCCAUCAUCCAGCGACUCUACUCAGGCACCGCCCGCUACCACACCCAAAUGUUGAGGGUCAAAGAAUUCAUCCGUUUCCAUCAGAUUCCCAACCCCCUACGGCAGAGAUUAGAGGAGUACUUCCAGCAUGCCUGGUCGUACACCAACGGCAUUGACAUGAACAUGGUCUUGAAGAGUUUUCCAGAGUGUCUUCAAGCGGACAUUUGCCUCCACCUCAACCGCAAUCUCCUCAACAACAGUCCAGCCUUCAAGGGGGCCAGUCCCGGCUGCCUCAGGGCUCUUUCUAUGAAGUUCAAGACCACUCACGCGCCACCAGGCGACACCCUCAUCCAUCGUGGGGACGUGUUGAGGGCGCUUUACUUUAUUUCCAGGGGCUCCAUUGAAAUCCUGAGAGAAGAUGUGGUCCUUGCUAUUCUAGGUAAAGACGAUGUGUUUGGGGAGAACAUUUGCGAACACGAGAUCGUUGGCAAGUCCAAAUGCAACGUGCGCGCCCUGACAUACUGCGACCUCCACAAGAUCCUAAGAGAUGACCUUUUGGAAGUCCUAGAGAUGUACCCAGAGUUUGCAGAACAGUUCACCAAGAAUCUAGAAAUAACCUUUGAACUCAGAGAUGAACAUGCUGCAUUAGGAAAAGACCCAGAACCGGAGAUUAAAUCUUGCAAGAUUCCAGACACAGUGCUCCACGACGAAAGAGAAAAGCCAAACGAUUUCAAAUACCAGCCGAAAAGUGUCAUUAAUAAAGAUGCCACAGCACGGCGGAUGAACUUUGCUCAGAACCAGUCGGGGAGCUCCGGUCACAACAGCAUCCCGACCUUGGACUCCAGCGACGACGACGAGUGCGGCAGGGGCAUCCUCGAAUUCUCGCCCGACAUGGCGGGGCGCGACGUUACCCCUGCCCCCGAGAUCCUGCAGGGACACGAGGAGAACCGGAGGAGCGGUGGAGGGUUGGAAGGAGUAGGCGGUGGAGGAGGGGGAAGCAGGGGAUCCUUCAACACCAUUGCAGGUAUAGACUCCUGCUUUCCCUCUUUCAAGGAUUGGUUGAAUAGGGAGCAACAGGGCGGCGCCGGCCAGGGUGCAUUAGCUGGAGUCAACAGUAUAGUGAACGCCGUUACAAAUACAAGAGGAAUGAGCCCAGAAUCGUCUCCGAUCAUGAAGCGGAAAGCUCGUCACUAUUCCAAUAACCAGAACGGGAAGAACGGCCAAAGAGGCUCCCAGCAACCAGAUAUCAUCGUAGAGGAUGUGAGCAGCUUUGUGUCUAACCCGGAUAUUGAGAGGCGGUUAGAUGACCUCCAGCGGCAGAUGAGCCGCUUGGAGGUCAAAGUGACGGGCGACAUGAACUCUAUCUUGGACAUUCUUCACAGGAUGCAUCAGAUGUACCCAUCGCCUCCCCAGCUGCUGCCGAGUCGCGUCAGGCAGCAGCGUCCGACCCUCCCCCGCAUGCGCACCGCCCCCUCCCACCCCAACACCUCGCACAGUUCCAGCUCCCCAGAGAGGAGCAUCCUCAAAACCCACAGCACGGACUUCCCUGCUCCCCCGCACAGCAAGAGCAGCUCAAGGCAUGCACGAACUUCGGCUCGAAGUGAGCCCUCAUUGACGGGGAGCAGUGGGGUGGGACGCCCGCCGCAGGACCCCCGGGAUGGAGGGGUAUCGUCGCUGGACAGUCCGGAAUCGGUGGAAGACGGACCAGUCAGCAGACGGAGACCAAAGCCUCCGGAAAGCCUGAUCCUGUCGUCGUUGUCGGACGUCUCUGUAGAUAGUCACAGUAGUAUACACUCCGAGGAGGCCCCCGUCUCCUCGCCUCUUUUCACUCAACCUGGACACAUACCAAAGAGCAGCUCCAUGCCUGCAUCAGGCUCCACCAGGAUCUCAUGGAAUGGAGCUGAAGGAGACUCCUCCACCACCAGUCCGCCAAUCAGAAACACCGAUGUAUAGCGGACCCUAGGUCACGAUCCUAACCGACCAAUCAGGAACCCUGAUAUAUAAUGCCCAGAAUCAUGGUUGUAGCCGAUUAUAAAGCAGGAAUGCUGAUGUAUAGGCAAUCCUAGGUCAUGGUCACAAGCGACCAAUCAGAAACUCUGGUGUAUAGGCAACCCUAGGUCAUGGUCACAACUGACCAAUCAGGAACCCUGAUAUAACACCAAGAGUCAUGGUUGUAGCUGACUAAGCAGGAAUGAUGAUGUACAGGCAACCCUAGGUCAUGAUCACAACUGACCAAUCAGAAACUCUAAUGUAUAGCCAACCCUACAUGUUGUGGUCGCAAUUGACCAAUCAGAAACUCUGAUGUACGUGUAUAACCAACCCUGAACCACGGCCAGCCAGUCACCUAAAGUGCAUGUAUUGGUGAAGCAAAGUAGGAACACCAAGAUUUGUUUCUGUAAUACCACAAUACACCUGUAACCCUGUUGCUGUUUUUAACAAGCAAGAUGAGAAUUUGUGGUUUAUGGAGCUUGCACUGAGAGACAAACAAAUUUGAUUAUUUCAAUCAUGUUUUUUACCAACAACUUGCUGACUUUUUUUUCCUCGAUUUUUCUAGUAUUAAAAACAAAGAAUGAUUGGCAUGUUGUCUGAAUGCAAAUAGUUGAAAGAGAUAGAAAUUGUGAAAUAAUGGAGAAAAAACAGAUUUGUGAAGGCUUUGGCAAGGGUUUGAACAAUUCAGCCUCCUAGGGAUAUUCAGCAUUCCCUCUGUGGUGGAGAUUGAACUAUUUAUAAUAAGGCGUAAAGAAAUGACAGUCUGUCUAUUUGAAUUCGUCUCUGUGUGACAAACAAUGCACCUGUUGUAGAGGUAUAUUUAAAGAGUUUGAGAGCAUUCACCGUUAUCGUUAUGUAUCCCGUACGGAGAAGGUAGCGGGAUAUGUGUGAGGAAAUUGUGUGAAUUUGACAAAUUUGAAAAAAGGGCACUGCUAUGUCAUGCAAAAAGUGCAUAAAGCUGGCGAUAUAUACGGAAAAGGGUUCGUGGUGAGAUAAAAACAGAUAGUUAUGACAAAUAGAGUAUACCAAUGUACUUGUUAAAAUUAAAAGAGAGUAUAUAAACGCAUGUACAUUGACCAUGAACCUGUUAUGCUCUUUGUGUACCGGUAAUAGAAGGAGGGUUAAACCUCACAUUAACAUUAUGUCGGCGCGAAAAGUGGAAAAAAGAACAAAGCACAGAGUAAGCCAAUGAAUGGUGACAGGGGGAGGCAAAGAUUCAGCAAGUUUUAAAGUCAUUUUAAUGUCAGUGUUUUGACAAGUUUCUGAAAGAUGGUUUACUUAAAAGUUGUAUUGUUCAAAGAAAUGGGAUGGUUUUGCAGAAAUUAGAAAGAGGAGAUGAGAUUUAAAAUGUAGGUUAUUGCAUAAAGAUCACGAUUUAAAGUCUAAUUGAAAGAUCUAAAGGAACACUUUUUUAAAGAUGACAUGUUUUUUAAUUCAAGUGAUGCAAUUGGUGCAUGUAAGUGGCAGAAAUAUUUGUAGGAAUGAAUAAUACAUCAUUAGUACUAUGAUAAUGCAACUACAUGUAAUUAAAAAUUU